ACAUGAACAUUCUGCUUUAACUCUGAAGUCAGAAGCUCGUUACAAAAUCUUCUGCACGUUGCAGGACAAGAAGUUCUAUGCAUCCUUCGAAGUCGUUUGAGUUCGGGUGUUCCCUCAGCCCAUGCGGAUCCGUGCACAUUAGAGUUUUGGGGAUGGGCGACCCAUACCCUAUGCGGUACGUCUCCGCAGUUGGUAGCAGAGGCCAGAAUGCGGGGAUCAUCAGUACCCAAGAGUACUGAGUAGAGUCAAGCAUGAUUUGACUCGUUUACCCCGGUUGGCUGUGAAUGGUCGCUCAGGGGAACUGAUGGUUUGGUUGGAAUCUACACAGUGUCAAAAGUCAGAAAGUGCUUAACCACAAUUGUAUUACACAAGUCAAAAUGUCUGGGGCGUUGUGGAAUGUCUGGACUCUGAUCCCAAGGCCGGAGGACGGGGAUGCUCCUCCUCGUGGGACGCACGUGGGAAGAUUUAACUUUAAUGGCAGGAACCGAACCUAUGACGCCGCCUGCUGGUGCUCAUCACAUCAUACGAGGUCGUCUCACCAGAAAACGUCUGAGAAAGCCUGCCGUGUUUUGGCACGUCUUUGGCUGCUGACAUGCUACAUAGGUACUGCGGUCCUUCCGGAGGGCUCGGCUAUGGGCGGAAAGAGCUGCGAUAAGGCAACGAGCAGUAUCCGUUCUCCCAUCCCUUCGGUUGGCAUGUGGAGCGAGUACAGGAGACUUCCGGUGUUUCGGUACCUCCCAUUCCCUCGGUGUUCUGCAUCGAAAAGGCGUCCGCUACAUAUCUUCAGGAAUACGGCCCUCGCGGAAGCCUCGCUUUGGGUUGGCCUGCAUAUGAAAUGGUUGAAAUCCACGGACAGCAAAGGCCUUGGCUCCUUGCAACAAGCUGGGAGCUCACCUCUGCAUCAAAGAACUCGAUAGUCAGCUGAUCGGGAUAGAGGAAGAGGGGCCUCGGAUCGGUAUUUGUGGUCUUCGGCAACGAAGACGGCCCCCCUUCUCCGCGUUUUGCAAACAUGGGGUCACGGAUGAAAAUCAUUUUAAGCAAGGCGCGGUAUGGGG